AUGGAACGUACACAUCUCAAUGGUACAAGGCAGGGUAGGAUAGGAAGGACGGGCUCGCCUUUGAGUCGAAAACAGUCGAGCCCUAUGAUGCCGGCUUUCAUGGUUUCCGCUCCAGGCAAAGUCAUUGUGUUUGGGGAACAUGCGGUCGUCCACGGCAAGGCGGCAAUUGCAGCAUCGGUCUCUCUUCGAUCAUAUCUACUCGUCACAGCGCUUUCGAAAUCCAAACGAAUCAUAUCUCUGCGGUUUCCUGAUAUUAAUCUCUCACAUACCUGGAACAUCGAUGAUCUCCCUUGGGCCGCGUUCUCUGCUCCUGGAAAGAAAAAGUAUUACUAUGAUCUUGUCACUUCUCUCGACCCUGAGCUCGUAGCAGCUCUGAAACCUCACCUGGUAAAUAUAUCUCCGGAUGCGCCUGACGAUGUGCGAAAGGUCCAUCAAAAUUCAGCUUCGGCGUUUCUAUAUUUACUCUUGUCCUUGGGGUCUCAAAGUUUCCCAGGUUGCUUAUAUACUCUGCGCUCUACAAUACCAAUUGGCGCGGGGCUGGGCAGUAGUGCUUCUAUUGCUGUCUGCCUUGCAGCUGCUCUUUUACUUCAAAUCCGUACACUUUCUGGACCGCAUCCUGAUCAACCGGCCGAUGAAGCACGAUUACAGGUUGAACGCAUCAAUCGAUGGGCUUUUGUGGGAGAAAUGUGUAUACAUGGGAAUCCCUCAGGCGUUGAUAAUACCGUUGCUACUCAAGGCAAAGGUGUCGUUUUCCAGAGAACCGAUUACACUAAACCACCCAAGGUGAAGCCAUUGUGGAACUUCCCAGAAUUACCCCUCCUCCUUGUGGACACCAAGCAACCGAAAUCUACUGCAGCAGAGGUUGCGAAGGUUGGGGCGUUGAAGAAAAAGCAUCCCCAGAUUACAGAUUCCAUCCUGGAGGCGAUAGACAAAGUUAGCGAAGGAGCAGCGGAAAUGAUCACGCGGGAUGAUUUCGACCCUGAAGACCUAUCAAGUUUGGAAGAUUUGGGUAAACUGAUGACGAUUAAUCAUGGGCUGCUGGUCGCUCUGGGCGUGUCGCAUCCAAGGCUAGAAAGGAUACGGGAGCUAGUUGACCAUGAAGGCAUUGGCUGGACCAAACUCACUGGCGCUGGAGGAGGUGGCUGCGCAAUCACUCUUCUCAAGCCCGGCGUCUCUCAUGAGCAGAUGAAACAUCUGGAGGACACGCUAGAUGAAGAAGGCUACGAGAGAUUUGAGACCACAUUAGGUUGCGAUGGAGUGGGAGUGCUUUGGCCCGCCGUUCUUAAGAAUGGAGCCGAGGACGAAUUAGGAGGUGAUGAGAUCGAUCAAGACAAGUUCUUGAACGCCGAUGGGAUUGAAGGGGUUGAAGAGCUGGUUGGCGUCAGUGGGGAGAACGGAGAUCGCGAGGCGUGGAAGUUUUGGAGGGUAGAAGAUUAA